AGGGCGCCUGCUCUCGGAUCUUUGUAAACUGCGUGAAGGUUUGACGUGUGCCCAUAUUUCAUAGGUAGCAGUGUUAUCAAUACAUCGUGUCCAAGGACCUGCAUCAGUGCAUCCAGGAGAAUCCUGUAGUGGAGAAAAUGGGGAACAAGGCUUUGAUACCUCGUAUUAGCGACCCAUACGACAGCGGCAUUGAUAGUGAUGAGGGGAAGCAUUCCACUAUGAACGCUGUCUUUAGUAAGGAGCAUGACGAGGUAAAAAUCAUGGGCAAGAAUAUUUUUAACAAGAGCAGCAUUCCAUACGAAAAACUAGGGGAAAGCUCUAAAGAAGUAGACAAAUCGAAAAAGUCGUUUCUAUGCAAACAGUCCAAGAGCGCUGCUAAUGGCGGAAAGAAUUAUGGCCAAGGAGUUAAAGGAAGCGACUCGAAGCGUCCUCUCAUGAACUCAUUCAAGCCCCAAGUGCAAAAGACAUUGACUAAUGUUAACCCGUCAGACGAAAAAUGGACUGCGUAUGAGUCUGACGGGCGCGACUCGCCGCAGCUUUAUGAGGUGGAACUGACAGCUUCGGACGAGGAUGACAGCUCAGUUUUGGAACUCGUCAUCCCGAUGCAAACUAAGAUAAAGCGAUACCAUUGGAUGUUAGAGUUCCUUUGCUUCGGCUGCUUAUAUCGUUUUGAAUAAGUUACAAGUUGUAUUUUACGGUUAUCUUUUAUACGAUUUUUUUAUACUGUCUUUGUUAGAACUGAUAUAAGAACUCAUUAUAUUUAAGUUUAAAUGUUCCAGUGAUGAUCUUCCUUACUUUACAUAAUGUUUAAGAGUCUAUUGUAUUGAGAUUUUUAUAAGUUCGAAAUAUACUUGAAAUUUAACAAAUAGUACACCGAGUUACUUGAGCAAGAAAAUAGCGAAUCAUUUGAAAAAACCGACGAGCUGGUCAGUCACAAUUUAAUUUUUCCUAAUAAUAAGAAUAACUCGGAACAUUCAUCGAUACAUAUUCUAGUAAGUGUAUUUUUCAGUGUUCAAUGUAUGUAUACAAAAUAACAAAUA